CAUAUCUGCACUAAUUCUAUCUAUGAGACUCACUUUCUCUUCACUUGAGCACUCUUGAAAGGGGUACGGCAAGCAUGGAGACAUCUUUGAGGUACAGCAAAGACUCCAAAUCUCUCAGACUUCAUGCCAAGCAGAAGCUUAUCAUUGAUUCCGACACUUUCUUGCAGGUUCACGGAGAGCUAGAUACAAAAUAUGGGUCACCAAACUACUUCUGUGCAAUGUUGAGGCGCUUCCAUAAUCAACCACAACUAGCAUCCAGUCUUGGCUUGGGGGUUCAAUAUGAUAAGCAUGAGAAGCUUGGGUACACUGCUCGUGGUAAAAUGGCUUUCCCUGUCACAUCUGAUGAUUCCAUUAGCUUUAAAGUCAAGGGGCGAUAUGAUGCUGACAAAGAGUUUAAGCAGAGAAGGUCGAUGGGAGGUGCUGAAUUUAGCUGGAGCAUUUUCAAUUUUCAGAAGGAACAAGAUUUGAGGGUCAAGGUUGGCUAUGACGUUAUUGAGAAGGUUCCAUACAUGCAGCUCAGAGAAAAUAACUGGACUGUUAAUGCUGAUGUGAAGGGCAAGUGGAAUAUAAGAUAUGAUUUGUGAAAAAGGGUAGAUCAUCUAAUAUUAAAAUUUUGGAGGUUAGGCCAUCGAUUAGACCCUAAAAAGCACGUUUUCAUUUUUUAAUUAGAUGGACAGCCAAUUAACUGACCAUAUUCAUUGAUGUUCUUUUGCCUAAUGAUGAUAAUGCUUUUUGCAAGUUAUUCCCUCCGUCCCUCAAUAGACUUCUCAUUUCUCCUU